GGAAUAGCUAGCCAAGUGAACUAUAUUCACAAUGUCAUCCUUCGCGACAAAUCCACUCUUUCAGCAGGAGAACGCGGUCCAUGCUUCCCUUGCAAACGGCAUACCGCCCGCUGGAGGGCCGGGGCAUGGGCGCGAACCUUCCUGGCAAGACGGCCGCGCAAGAAAGGAGCAUGAGGUUACGGCGCUGCUAGACUCCAUCCGCUCGAAUCGGGGUGACCCGAUGUACUCGGCAUUCGCCGCGCACAUGGACAAUUUGUAUCAGGUGUUCAAGGAGCUACAUGAACAAGAUCAGCUGGAGAUACGGCAGUUGCUGGGGGCGUUGGAAGUGCAGCGGGCUGAGGCGCAGAAGUUGGCGAGCGAGGCGAACAGCGCUCGGCACGCGCUGCAGGUUGCGGAGAGGGACAGGGAGGCCAGCGCGGUGGCGGCAGCAGCGGCCAUGGCGGCAGCGCGGGCGACGGGCGCCACCGGUCCUUCCAGCAGAAGCCGCGUGGAGAUGGCCAGUGUUGGCGUGCAGAUGGAUGGUGAUGGCGACGCUGAUGUCAACAGCCGGGUUGUGGGGCGGGGCGUCGCAGGUGGAGGCGGCGGUGGCAGCGGGCGGCCUGAACGCGGCCGCGUGCGGCUGGCCGGCGGUCCGGGUGGCGGGGCGCUGGAGGAGGACGGCGACUCGUCCGCCAGCCCGCCCCGAGCGCUGCAGGCCUUGGGCAGCCGGCGCACGCGCAUGUGGAACACAGGUGGUGGGUCCGGCAGCAAGGCCAGCAGCGUGAUGGGGUCGCCAUCGGGCCGCAAGUGGAGCCGGCCCGCAUACAUUCUGUUUCUGCCCUACCACCUACACCCGGGACACCCGAUGUGGAGGUUUUACGCGACGUGGCUGGAGUCUUGGAGCACGCGGCGCACCAUGUGGCUGGCGCUAGCGUGGCUGCUGGUGUUCUUGCUGGCGGUGGGGCUGCUGGUGGGGCUGCUGGUGCCCUGGGACAACCUCAGCAAGACCACCAUGUCGGAGCCGGCAGUGGCCAACAGCAGCUCCUCCGGCGCCACGGUCACGCUGUCGCUGAACCGGGCGGGGCUGGUGUACUACGUGGUGGUGCCCGAGGCCGCCACCAGCGGGGGACCCAGUGCCGCGGCAGCCACCAGCAGCAGCUCGGGCAGGCGGCGGCGGCAUUUGGACGAGUCCGCGAGCUACGCUAGCGGGGGCUGGUGGGCCGAGCACGUGGAGGCCGGGUUGGGGACCCGAAGGGACUACGACCAGUGGGAUGGCGCGGAGGAACGGGUGCAGGGGAGAGGUGGCGACGGUCCGCUCAUAGCGCAGCUUGGGAGGCACAGCGGCGGUGGGCCGCACUACCUCAACCGCCGGCAGCUGCGGGGCCAGCACCCGCCCUCACACGAGCACCAGCUGCAUCCAGCCCUCCUCCCACAACAGCCGUACCACAUGUGGCCUCACUCUAUGGGGCGGCGGCGGGGGCGUAGCCUGGCGGAGAGCUCAUCGCUGCGGCGGCUGGACCUUCGGUCGCUGGAGCCCAAUGACCUGGUUGCUGUGGCGGCGGACGGCGGGGAUGACUCGCCGCUGCUGCCGUACGCGGUGGCGUGCGGGGUUGUGGACAUAUCAUCCAAGAACACCAACUACUCCAUCACACUGGCCGGCCGCCCCGAGCUGCUGCCUGUCAGCCUCACCAGCACCGGCGCGGCGGUGACGUUUGCUGCCACGUACAACAGCAGUGCGGCGACUGAGCUAGCGGAGCGGCUGGCGGCGGCGGCCAGCUCCACCGCUGCCGCAAUGGCUGCCGAGUGCGUGUCCAACUUUGGGCUGCAGUUGAACGAGACGUCGGCGCUGCCCAGUUGGUCGGGGGCGCGCUUCCGCACACGGCGCUGCCAGCGCUGUCCGCGGCUGCUGCCGGGCACCAGCUAUGUGGUGCUGCUGCUGGGAGACGGUGGGCGGCGCACCGGCGUGCAAAUGGUGCGGUUUGAGACCAGCAGCGUGGCGCUAUGACCAUGACUACGACAUGAGGACUCCCAUGCCGUAGUGACUGCUACUGCGCGACUGUGGGACUGUGACUAAGCAGGAGCCGGCAGCAGCAUUUCAUGCUGUGCGCGGCGCUGACUGACGCUGUGCCUGCAAGGGCACGUGUCAUACACUGUAGCUUUGGUGCGGAUAAGGGGUAUUGCUCGUAGGUAUUGCCACAUGGUGUGUGUUUGAUGAAGGGCACGUGUGUCCUUUUGUGGCGGUGGGGUGGUCUAUAGUUGGGUAGAUUGUGAGCGUAAAUGAGCAUGCUCACGGGAUGUGGGGCAUCGGUCACCCAGCCGGUCACCCACCCGGUCACCACCGCGGCGCCUGCACGAGGCGGAGGGCCUGAGGACCCUGAUUAACCCCGAGACCAGGCGAAGAUGAAUAGACCGCGGUACCCGUACUACUGUUGUGGCGUACUGACGUUCGAUCAUAAGAAUGGUUCGUGCGUAAUGUCUGCGCCCCGCGCAUGGUGUUAUUGUGUCUGACCUUGCGCGUCCAUGGACAAUUGACUGGCGACUGUGGCGACUCGUUGCGAGGUAAAGAGCCCGAGGCGCAGAAUUAAGAGGAAAGUCAUACUGGACUACACUUGUUUGUGUCUGUGUCUGCCGCCCACCAACUGGCUUAACAUGUGAGAGCCGCAGUUACGUAUGGUACUGACCCCACGACCGCAACCAGCGCUUCCGUGUACGGUGCGGGUGCGGGACUCUCCUUGAAUCAGACGGCUUGGUCAUUGUCGGCUGGGGCAACGCCGACACUGGCUACGGAGGUUGCGUCCGCAGGUCAGGCAGAGGUCCAAACCGGGCGCUGCUGCGCCUGCUGGUGGACAAGUACACGCACCUGGUGGUGUACGUGGACGAGUACUACACCAGCCAGGUACGCAUGUGCUCAUAAGGACUUCGCAGGGGCCGGUAUAGGGCGCAAGUAAUCAGCUGCAUAUGAAAUGCGUGAAUGCUGGUGUGCGCAAAGUGUGGACAGCGUCUGCUCGGUAACGGGCAGCGCUGCCUGCAAGUAGUGAUUCCGUUUGGGGGCUCGCGUGCCCGCGAUGUCCAAGCGUGCCAACACUGCGGGACUGUGUGGGUAAGCCUGGCACAGAUUUAGUCUGGUUCGGGGGGCCGGGUCAGGUAUCACCGUAUCAGACAGGCUCAGGUGCCGUCCGAUUGAACAUUGCAUCGCAGGGCCGCGACGCCAACUCUGCGACGAACAUGCGGCACGCGCUGAUAGAGAUGCUGCUUGGUAGAGCGCAGCCUGCGGCCCUGCGCCGCGGUGGCGGCGGCGGCGAUGGUGGUGGUGGUGCACAGGGCCUCGCGGCGGCAGCGGCCCUGUGCCCAGCAGUUGCGGCGUGCAUGUGCGUAGCGGAGGAGGCGAGCAAGGCCACGUGGAGGAGGACAGCGCGGCGCCGCCCGAGAAGCGCCGCCGGCGCGCAGGUUGAGGCCAGCCGGUGUCUAGUUACGGUCUUUGCUGGCGAGCAUAGCACCGCGCAGUGUUAGGCCGCAGCAGUGAGGAGUGUUGUGGCUAGAAGAUUUCCUGCUGUUUGGUUGAUUGCUGGCUAUGCUUGUGCUUGACAGCGGGGACGUGGCUGGACACAUGAUUGCGGGCCGUGCCUGUACGAACCGACCCCGGCUAUGUCCGGGAGAUGAGGUAGACGCUUGCGUCUUCAGAUUUGAGACGUGGCGACGUGGCGUGGGCUCAGCCCACUUUUCCCUUGCGGGGAACCACAUAUCUUGUUGUGUCCGAGCAUGCGCUUACGGCUUGGGCAGACUUGCCUCGAGAAUCGAGCACGAGGCCAUGUGUGUGGUGGCAUCAGGGUGGUAGUUUGAUAGACACUCGCCGGUGAAAGACUGUACCCGAGAUUCAUAGCAGCUGACGAGGCCACGAGGGUGGCAUGCACAUAAUUGGGGCGCCGCGCACAUGGCAGCGCUG